AUCCUAAUGGGAUUUUUCCCCUCUUUUAGCGGUGAAGGUUGAAAACUUCACCUUAUUUGAAGAGAAGCUGAAGCUGGAGGCGCAUACAGCCAAUAUGAUUCCCUGUGUGUUUCACACACGGCGCCGCCUCAACCCACUCAGAGUCCAACUGGAAUGGGGUAAAAUGGAUAAGGAAGGUUACGUGCCCCUCAUACACCUGGACGGAAACCACGUGAGAAAGGCAGCGGCUGAUUUUGGGGAUAAAUACCAGCUGUUUAUACCCCAAGUGUCACAAGGGAACUGCUCCCUUGUGAUAAAUCCCACGGAUAUUGCAGACAGCGGCACUUAUCAGGUCCGGCUGAGGAUUCUAGGAAAGCUGUACGAGCCGGUUCCAUCCAUAGAGAUUCAGGUUGUCGAUCAGCGCAAAGUUGAGUCCCGGGCAUGGGGCAAGAAAAAGACGACUGUACCGCCAACCACUAUUGCAACAGUACCACCAGGAUUUGUUGACGACGUCCAAAAAAGACUUGUGAAAAUUGAUAAGAUGGCGAUUAUAGUGAUUGUACUUAAUGGGGUGUUCGUUGGUAUAGCCAUACUGCUAGGAGUCCUUGUAUUUAUUACGUACAGGAAAAAGAGUUCCUCUGGCGAUGAGGAGAACCCACCAAAAAAACGGAAACAGAAAGGAAAGAAGGAACCAUCUGACGAGAGUGAGGAAAGCUCAUCCAGUGAGUCAGAAGAGAGCUCUAGUGAGAGUUAAUAGGAGAGACUGGGCAUCAUUACAUGAUGUGGGAGGGAGGAGGGCCAGUC